AUGAAUGCAUUGGAUAUUAUUAAAAUAGAAAUAGAUCGACAAUUUUUGCUAUCUCAAAGACAAAAAGGUAGAAUUGGUUGUAUGCAUGGUAGAGAUAAAAAUUUACAAAAAACUGAAGAAGGAAAAAUUAAUCGGUUGGAAGCAGUUACAAAACGAAAAAAGACAGCAUAUACAGAAAUUGAACUAACAAGUCGUACUGUUGACAGCGAAGUAAUUUUUUCUCCAAGUUCUGAUAGCGAUUCUGAUGCUGGAGAAAAUAUUCCAAACAAACCGUUAGAUGUGGAAAAACUUCCAAAUUCCCAAACCUUCCUACAUUUAAAAAUAGAGGUAAUAAAAACUUUAUAA